GAGCACAGUAGCUGUAGAUAAAUGAUAGAUAUAAGUAUAGUACAUGUCAUGUAAUGUAUGUACAGAAAUCAUCACAUGUAAGCGCUUUAUAGCGAAGCCGGUGCUUGUUUAAUUAUCGUUGUUCAUAAUAUCGUUAAUAAUAAAAAACAUGGAAGAAAAAACUGGAAUUAAUGAUGCUUGGACAUCUUUCAAAGAACUCCAAAAUUUUAUUGAACGCUAUGUUGUAUCUGCAUCAACAACACAUGAUCCACAGUAUCAUGAAUUCAUGGAAACACUUAGAAAUCAUCGACAGAAUUUUUUGACAUUGAUGAAAAAUCAGCCGAAAGAUGCAAAAAGUCGAGAAGAAAUCCAAAAAGGAAUAACCGAAAGCGUGACUUUGCCAGGCCUGGGAAAUCACGUGCUCUCCAAGGAACUAGUAGAUGAAACAAUAAUAAUUUCCGACAUGUACGACUUGAAUGAAUUUAUAGCCCUGGACCUUCUCUGCACAGCUCAACUCCAAAUGUCGAACCACCCAGGGUUAACCCGUGGCUUAACAGCGAUUCUUCUGUACUAUGACGGAAGAAAAGCACUAACGUCAGCUCUGAGAACUUUAGUGCAUGCUCGUAUAGGUCACAGUUGGGUUCUUGACACUCCAGUAGCGUUAACAAAAAAAAUAACCGAGUACACAAACAAAAUGCAAGAAGACGGUUUGUUGGACCGUGUAUUGUCACUGCUAGAACAAAUGGAUCCAAUAAAGGAGCAAGAUCUUUUGCAGCAAAAUCGCGCACUUGGAGGUCCUAAGCAUCAUCAGAUGGUAAUGAGACUGUACAAUGACACACGACAAGACUUGGCGGACAUACUUUACCUCUGGUCAGCUCAAACUUCACUACCAACUCAAAUAACAUUUAAAUUAUUGUCAUUCUUGAGAAGACGUCAGCCAGAAACUGAUGCUAGAAAUGGCGGACCAGAUAAAGUGACACUAGCUUUAAUUAUGGCGCUACUCAGCGCCAUUAAUUUAAGCUCACUUAAUAACCGCGAAGACGGAGAAGUUAUUGUUAAAUCAGUGCCACUGGUUGCUGAACGUGGUGUGCUUGAGGAGUUAUUUCAGGAAUUAAUGAACCCAAAUGCAGCUUGGGAAAAUUCUGGUCUCUGCGGUUUGAUACAAUUAGCACUGGCUGUUGCUGUUACAACGAUAAAGUCAGCUUCUAAUUUAUCAAUUGGCCAGAAUAUAAAUCAAGAAGAUGAAAUUCUCGUUGAAGCAGCACUCUCUAACAAAGCAUUCCACUGUUUAACCAACGUUAUAUUCAAAAAUGAAGAUAUUCAUUAUGAAGAAUUUUAUGUACGAUAUUUUCAUACAUUAAUUUCAGAUUUCAUAACUUUAAUGCCAAUGAAAGUUAAAGAAUUGAGAAGCAAAGCUGAUGAAUUUAUGAGAUUCAUAACAGCUUAUCAGCAAGAAGGAGUAGAACCACCCGUAAAUCCAGAUGAUCAUUUUGAGUAUUUAAUGCUUACAGUAUCAGAAUUGUACAAAAAAGAUCCACUAGAAUUAAACUUAGUUUUAGAAUACUGGUGUCAGAACGACAAUGUUACCCACUUAUCAUCAAAUGUCCACGUAACACGCUUACCAGCUCGUCAAGUAGCGCUCUUUAAAUUCGUCCGUCUCGCUGGUGAAAUCCUACCAGCAGGAUUGUUUGUGCCUUAUUUAAAAAUGAUAGCAUCAUUGGCAUCAUCACCCCAAGCAGCAAGACACGCCUUUAAUUUCCUCAAACCCAAUGGCUCUAGUGGCUCAACAAUAUCCUGGGACCAUUUCUUCAACUCGCUCAACAGAUACUACUACAAUUUGCGUCAAGAAUUGCCACCGAGUCAGGACACAAUUUACCGGCAACACUGUCAUCCAAAAGGAAUCACACCACACGAAGUAAAAGGCCUAGAAGCGGUAUUAAAUGUAGUCCAAGUUGUUGCAAAGUACGAUGAGAUGUCUCGCAUUGCCAUUUGUGAGCAUCCUGGUUGGAAAGUCAUCCCAGCUUUGAUAGGCCUUGUAGGCUGUGCGAUGCCCAUACCUCUCAAAGGCGUGCUAGUUCGCACGCUAGCUGCUCUUGCCAAAUCACCCGAGAGUUCUAGUACUAUUUGGCAGAGCCUAGAAGUCGCUCAAAUCUUGUGCACCAUUCCGACGACCAGCAGCUAUCAGCCCCGAGGUGUCCAAACAGAGUUAGAAGAAAUUGAAUCGCGUAAUGAAGAAUAUCCACUGACCCGAGCGAUGCUUGAACUCUUGGAUGCUCUGGUGGACUAUCCGAUUCCAAGGUUACUAGGUGUUGGUCAACGAAACCCAGGCUUUGACCCGUACUUGUAUUUUACCAUCAACACAGUCUUCCUCAGGUUCAAUACACGCUCGUACAAAAAUCCUAAAGAAAAGUGGCUGGUUGCCGAUGCCUGUUUGAAGAUCUUCAACAAGUUGAUAGUACAAUACGAGCCUAAUGUUGAAGAUUUCGUGGGUUGUCGUGUGGAAUUACAAGGUGGUGAUUCUACGCUAGUAAAUCCUGAACCCGGGUAUCAUAUAAUGACUCAGCUGCAUUCCAACUCUGAAUUCCUGCAUGUGAUUCUCUAUAUUCUUGAUGAAGGUCGCCAUAAUUUAGAAACUUAUGACUACUUUCCGGGUAAAGAAAGCCUGGAGAACAGCACAUUUAAUUGCUUGAGAAUCCUUGAACGUGGUUUAAGAAUCCAGCAUCAAUAUAUGACCCAAUUGGCUGUUGCAACGUCGAAUAAAAUCGUUACAGGUCUAUCAAAGCUUUUGCUAGGCGUGAAUCCCAGAACAGGAAAGCCAGACCACAUGAUCAACAUCGCUAUGUACGUGACUUUUAAUUCCUGGUUGCCCAAGCACGCUUAUACUGCUAUUGGAAUCAUCCAAGGCGUAGCAAAUGAACCAGGAGCUGACUCUGAAUUGCUGUCUACCUUCACAUCUACUUCUCAGAUGACUCUAACAAUCAGGCAUGGCUUCGUCGAGUGUCUAGACAUGGAUCCAGUUGAUCCAGGGACUCAAGAAUUGGAAGAGAAUUCUGCGCCUGGUAACUGCAAAGAUAGAAUUUUAUUGUUAUUAAUGCAAAGUAUUGUAAGACCCGCGCCGAAUUUAGCUCACUAUUUGCUAGGAUUUGAUAUCACGAAGGACAUUAAAAAAACUGUAAUUCAGCAACCUGGGAUCUUGGGAUUCUCACGAACUUGCUUACACUCGAUUCUUGGGAUACUUGAACAGUCUCUUGAGCGAGGAAGAGAUAAAAUAACUGAAGCUUGUUAUUGGUUCCUUCAUACCUUGGCAUCAAACAGCAAGACUUCUGUGCCAGUGUUGAGGUUUUUAAGGACUUCAACAAAUCAAGAUUUUGUCCAACGGCAUUUAUCAAAAUUACCUUUUCAGGGUAAAAACCGUGCUACAGAACUGGCUUGUAUGUCUUGGUUGUUGAAGUUAGCAGCUAUUGAAUUGCACGUGACCGGUGGAAAUUUGCAAAAUAGUCUAGUUCAGAGACUUGUUGGUAAUCCAAUGCAAGACCGUGAGCAGAUUUUACCUCCUUCACAGAAAUUAUUAAUGGACUUGCUUCACUACAUUGACUUUGAGUUACAAAUCGAGCCAACAAAAUCUUGGGAAUUUUUUGAUCCUUCACAAGUUGAAAUGGUCCUGGGUAAAUGCAGUGUUCCAGUUGUUCAAAAUGGUGGUCCUCAGUUGAUUGAUAUUAGAAGAUUACAUUUGCUGAUAAAAGAAGAACUUUCUGUGACGCAAAAUAGCGCUACUGCAACUCAGCGUAAAUUAAUGCAACAAGAAUUACAAUCAAUUUUAGCUUACGCGCUAAAACGAAAUCAAACUAAAACAUUGUCGUAUGCAACUGUUAAAUUCGUUGAAGGCUGGUGUCAAGCGACUGAAAUUUUAUUCUCAGUUGCUACAUCCCAACACUUACCAACAAGUCAAAAGCAGAAUAUGUUGUUGAAUUUAACGCAUGAUUUGUUGCAAAAAAUGACAUCAUGCGAAGCAUUGAAUGAAAUUAAAACUCUUGUUUCUGGAACAGUACUGAUCCUUUUGGUUAAUUUAAAGAAUACAUUUGCGGUAAACAAUGAAGAAAGCUCGGAAAUUUUGCUAUCAUCUUCACCAUCAUACGCCACGACAAUGAAAAUUAUUCUCAGCCACAUUCUUCAAUGGAUACUAAACUCCGGAGCAUCAUCGCAAAAAGUCCGUACUCAUCUGUACGGUGCUCUGCUGAACUUCCUGUGUGUAGUCGGUCUAGAAAAAUCAGAAUUCUCAAACGAAUCUUCAGACACAACUUACGUCAGCCAACUAGACAGUUCGCUUUACCGAUCUCUGACAAUCCACGAACGAUCACAUCGUUACGCGACAAUUCAAGUGAUCAACGGAUUUGGUGACAAGUUAAUGGACGUAAUCUGCCACAACUGCUCCGGCGGGCAUGACGUUUGUAAAAUGCUUGCACUGUCUUGCCUCGAUAAAAUUCUCGAGUUGGAUUGUGAGAAUUCUUGGAUCGUGUAUCUGGCAAGUCGCGGGUACAUGAAGCACAUGAUAGACAGUCUUUUGGAGUCUGAUAAUCUUCUGAGAAGCAUGCUGCAACCAGACCCGGUAACUUUGCGUCCUCUGUAUCUUUAUGAAGCUAAAAUGGCGACAUUCUGUCGUAUGGCUUCAUCAAGACUAGGCGCUGAAAGUCUGCUUGAGAAUAAAAUUCUCUCCUGCUUGUCCAGUAUAAGUGUAUUCGAUCAGCACCCAGAUGUUCAAAUAAGCUUCGAAACAAGUGACUCAUUUUUGCCACCUAUUGGACAACGGUACCAGCAGAUUUUACUUCCAGCACUUUAUUUAUGCGAUGCGCUACUAACGACCCUAGGCACGGAAAAUCAAUCAUGUGCAAUUCAAGUCUGUGGUUUUAUUCAAAGUCAUCGUGAUACUGUUGAGAUGAUUUUACGUACGGCUGCUCUUAAUACGAAUAAUUCAUUUUUGAAUCAAGUUGCUUGCUUGACUGGUGUUAUUGCCAGGUCAGCUAACAUUGAUAUGUACCAAUUGGUUGAGCGAGAACUCAUCAAUAUUGAAAACAAGGACAGCAAUACUGAAAGCAACAACGGUAUGAGAGAACUAAGAGCGCAUUUGUUCAGAUUGCAGAAAUUGAUGGUAUCAUUGCUGCCCAAAUUCAACAACCAAACAUUGAUUUAUCCUCAUGACCAAGAAAGUGUUGUUCAGCAGCAAUAUUCUUCUGUUAAAAUAGUCGCUAAUGUUCUGCUUUAUGCACGCAAUCAGAUGCAACACACUCGCAUGGAUCAAAAAAUACGGAAUCUGCUUUUUGAACCUUAUUUAACCAAGACUCACAAAGACAGCAAACGGAAUAAUGAUAGCUGUGGGGUUGGACUUGGUUCUAUUCUUGAUCAGCUUGUUUCUGCUACAACUCUACUGCACUCAGAAUUGCCGCAUUUGCGCAGCUUGCUGAUGACUAUCAGUGUUGUCAAGAACAUGGGAUCUACCGACUUGAAGAAAUAUUUGAUUCCAGAAGAAAUGGAAUUAGAUAUGACUAAACAGAAGAUUGUUGUGAGCAAGCGUUUGGAAAAAGCUGUUGAUGAAAAACGGAAGAAUAUUAAAUACUGUUCUAUUAUUGUUGAACAUAGUUUGUAUAUAAUUUGGAGUCAUUUAGACUUUUAUACUACUAGUUCAAGUUCUAAGUAUAAUAAAAGCCAAUUUGUUGGAUUAGAUGAUAAUAAUUUAGCUGUUUCGGGAGAUAUGUUGUCGGAUUUAAAGCAAGGUCUUGUUAGUGUACUCAAUGACAGUUUUAUCACUCAAAUUGUUGACUUGUCACAGCAUGAAUAUUCAAUGGUUGAACAAACUUUUGUUGAAGCAUUAAUCAGAAGGAUAAAACGAUUGUUACAAUUUAUUAUUAUUAAGUGAAAUGUGUUUUUAAGUAAUGCCUAUUUGUAUUCUUAUUUUUAUUAAUAAAAUAAGCAUUGUUUAUUUAAAAUUUUGGGUAAGAAUUUUUGUAAAAUACAAUUAUUUCAAUGAAAAUAAAAAAUAAUGUGUGUUAAUAAAUAAUGAUAAAAAAUAUUUUUAUACAAAAUAUUCUUCUUUUUUUAGCUUUAAUUUUUAUGAAAUUUAACAACAUUGAAAAUAUAGAAAUAAAACUUUAAUUAAUAUUUACGAGACUAAGUAAAAUAAAUAUGAAUUUUAUAAAAAAUGUAAUAAUUUUUUUAAUAGUUUUUCAUACAGCUCAAUGGUAAAAUAUUGGUUUAAUUUCAUUUCAAUUAAAACUAAGUGAAUUUGUACUUAUAUACCAUGAAAAAAAAAAAAAAUAAAUGAAAAUUUAAACAUU